CAGCAGCACUAGCGACGAGUGCCGGCGCCCUGGGUAUUUUUAUCCCCUGGGCUUGGUGUGCCCCUGCGUGCCCGGUACUGAGGUGUGCUUCAGUUACAUUCUGCUCACCACUCACUUACCUGCUUCACGGCACUCUGCUCCCGCCCCUCCUUGCCUCUUGAGGCUGCUAAGUUACCACUGCUAGUGCCGCAGAAGCUGGUACCUCGCGUGCCGCGCCGAGCCUGGAGACCAAGUCUGCGGGGGCAGCGGGUGCUUGCCCUGUUCUCCAGGCAUCGCCACUUACUGUGAUGCGAAAACAAAUGAUAAACAUAUAGUUUUGACAAACAAAAAGUGUUAGUUGGAGAGGGCCCAGCCUUGUGUCACUAGUGCCACUGUAAAUGGGUGUGUAAAAGUGACGUGUGCUAUGCGAGACUAGGGGGUGUGAGGCUGUGGUGGGGGUGGGCGUGCGAGGCGGGCGCCAGUAUGAGCGGACGCACCCGUCAGCAAUACGGCAGGAGCGCCACAACUUCCUAUACGAGUAUCCUUCAAGACUCUGGGGGGGAUAUCCUAAAUCGGUGUUCGAACCUCUUCAGCAAGUUCGCCUCCCGCGUGAGAGCUGUGUCACAGUCUGGGGAUGACCGGGUGCCCCUCCACGACACCAGUAACAACAUAAGCUCUGGCGCCACUUCCUCCACUAAGUCCUCGAACUCCCAGUAUCCGAUGUUGCUCAAAUACAACAAAUACGAGGAUUCGCCGCGCUACACUGAUUACAAGACCACCGCGCUCUACGCAGAUGUGAAGUCCAGGUCUUCAAAGUUCGAUGGUACGUCUUCCCGCAAUAAGUACGGCAGUUCUUCAUCGGCCUACGAUGUCGGGUAUAAGUAUGGCUCUGGCUACGGGUCGACAGCCUCUUCUGGGUAUAGGAGCGGUAAUGCCUUAACUCCAUCAGCUUCAUUCUCAUCUUUUUCAACUUUUAAGACAGAUUACGGCGGUUCAGAGUUUGAUAAGUGUGACGAUUCUCCUAGAAAGAGAUAUGGGAACUGUGGCGGCCGACCAACGUACAACCGAACAGCUUCAGACCUGGGAAUGGAAUCGGACUAUGGUCUGCGUAGCGCUUAUAGCUCAUACUCCGCACCAGCUCCUAACUACGAUAAGAUUGGUGCCCGCUACAAGCCUAGUCAGUUCUUGAGGAGAAAUAAUUUGACAAGUGGUUGUAAUGAAGAGGACGAGGCUAGCGACGAACUUUGUGUACUUCGAAAUAAUGUAAGCACGAAAAAAUCAGACUACUGGUCCCAAUACGGGUCUAAAUCACCGAAUGUAAUGGAAAGGUGUAUCGACAGUCGCAGCUUCAAAUUAGGGAACCUCAGCCCUCAGCUCCGACGGCGCCACGGUGACGGUGCUCUUAUUAGUGGCUCCGCAAGACACAGAAUUACCCGGCCUGUAACGGUGCCGGAUGCUCAAGAUGGACGGGAGAGCACUAGCUCAAUUAUGAAAAGGUACUCUGGCCUCUCCUCCACUACUCUGGAGACAGAGACUGGCAGCACUACCUCGUCGGCAACGCCAGACAGCGUCGCCGAUGAAUCCACUCGCCGCAAAGAGCGGGCCCAGCUUAUCAAUAUGUACUCUCUUCCCCUCAACGUUUUACAUAAUAUUGGCAGUUCUCACAACCGCAAGUUCCGAAAGCGUGGGCAAGAACCCGCUGGCUCAAGUGAUCAUGAUGGUACAGGACGGCAAGGCACGCGGCGCUAUGAUCAGGUUAAAGAGAUGGCCGCGAAGGUAACAGCAUUCCGCACCUACCAAGACGAGGAAGGGAGUCAAGGACCACCCCGGAAAGUUUUGUACGGCAGUGCCUCUACGGGUGAUGUGCUCUCCGCCUUAGCCAGAACGGCCGCUAAAGGCACCGAUAACGUGUCCAAACGUAGCACACCCGAUUCCGAUAAGUUUGUAUUAUACGACCCUCCAAUUGUUUUCGAAAAAGCCGCCAUGCGCGAAAAGCCUCUGAAAUCCAGCAAGCCCGCCAAACCCACCACCCUCGACCUAUCCAGAACUAACACUGUUGAACUGCUGGACUCUCCUUCAGAGGUCAGAGCCAGACUAGACCUUAUGGAAUCCAACAGAUCACUAUGUUCCUCUUUGCUCAGAACACCUCAUAAUCACUACGGUAUUCAGACACCCACAUCGCCAACAACUCCCAUAAUAAAAAUUUCAAACUACAUGGAGCCAGAACAGGAAUACACGUUCACUACAUUUAAACCACCUAAUUCGAACAUUAAUAGUACCAGUAACAAUACGAGUGACCAGUCGAACAGUAGUAACACGACGAACACCUCGAGCUCUGUAAGUAACAAGACUUUGUCUGAGACAAACAUCGCAUAUGUGCCAGCCCUCACUCCUAAAUCUCCUCUCGACCAGUCUGUGUCUGUGAAACCUAAAACCUCGAGUGCCGCUAAUGCAACUCUUACUAACAUUCAAUCAAAGUCGAAGGACAACCUUGACGUCUACAGCGCGGCCAAGUACAAGCCCAAGAUUGGUGGCGGCGGCGGUGGAAUAGAAGGAUCGUCUUCCAUCAAUGGCAAGAGUCUUAAGUCGACCUUGUCUGCGUCAACCACAUCUGCUGUAGGUCCGAGCGUGGUGACACCACUGCCUAGGAAAUCCGGCGUGAUGGACCUGUUGGGCAUCCAAGAGGUGGGGGGAAAGAAGAGUGCCAUGCAUCAUCAUUCCUCAUUCUACAGCUCUAGUAGCGUGACUAGUGACAGUUCACGGGCACCCUCAGUGGAAGAUGAUGAAGAAGGACAUCUCAUAUACCGCAAUGGCGACGUGCUGCAAGAUAGAUACAAGAUCAUUACCACUCUGGGCGAGGGCACCUUCGGCAAGGUCGUCAAGUGUCGGGACCUCCAGAAUGAUCGGUUCCUGGCCUUAAAGAUUAUUAAAAAUGUAGAAAAAUACAGAGAGGCUGCCAAGCUAGAAAUUAAUGUAUUGGAAAAACUAGCAGAGAAAGACCCUUACAACAAACACUUGUGUGUUCGAAUGCUUAGUUGGUUUGACUACCACGGCCAUGUGUGUAUUGCCUUCGACAUGCUGGGCCUUAGUGUGUUUGAUUUCUUGAAAGACAACAAUUACCGUCCCAUAGCUUGAACAGGUUGACUCUCUUUUCACUUGCUAUCGGUCAAUUUCCCCCAUGAUAACAAAUUGACCCUACUGACCAAACCUGAAAACAUACUCUUUUUACCCGACAUAAUUAAGAUGACCCAAAAAAGGGAAGACAUUAGAACAGUAAAGAAGACAGAUAUUCAGCUAAUUGAUUUUGGCAGUGCAACAUUUGAUCACGAGCAUCACAGUACUAUAGUUUCUACAAGACACUAUAGAGCCCCUGAGGUUAUUUUAGAGUUGGGUUGGCAACAACCAUGUGAUGUAUGGUCCAUCGGGUGUAUAAUGUUUGAACUGUACCUGGGCAUCACCUUAUUCCAAACACACGAUAACCGGGAACAUUUAGCGAUGAUGGAGCGAAUCCUUGGACCCAUCCCUUAUAGGAUGGGCAGAAAGACUCGGACCAAAUAUUUCUAUCACGGGAAGUUAGACUGGGAUGAGAAGAGCUCAGCGGGCAGAUAUGUUCGGGAAAAUUGUAAACCAUUAAGGAGCUACCAAACAAAUUCUGAUGAGGACCAUCGGCUACUCUUUGACCUUAUUUCCAAAAUGCUGGAGUAUGAACCAGCACAGCGGAUCACCCUAACUGAAGCUCUUAGGCAUCCGAUCUUCGACAAGAUUCCAGCUGUCCAACGGUUAGGUGAUAAUGCUGUUGGUGACCUUCGUGAACGCUCACACUCUCUUUCACGGUGAUGCCAGAUAUUCCAAGGGUCAUACAGUACUGCUGCCUAACUCGUAUACCUUCCCUUGUGCCCUCCCUGCCUCUCGUGGCUCAUGUGCAGCCUUAGGCCAGAAAAAAUAUUGAAAUGUAGAUAGUUCAAAUAGAGCUCAGUAAAUCAGUCCAGUGGCAAAAUCUUUUCCUUUAUUCCUAUCUUAACCCUUCAUUUUUUCUAUAAAACUAACUUUAUUGAACUUAAGUCCUCUGAACCCUUUCAUUGCGUAAAGCGUUGCCCAGUUAUUUCCUAAGUAUCAUUUCACCAUGAAAACGAAAGUGCUCAAAUAAGAUUUUUUUUUUUUUUUUAACCGUAAGGUUUUCUUAUAUUGCGCUUAAUUUCCUUAAAAAUUGAAUACAUAUAUAGCUAAACUUUAUAUUUUUUAUAACGAUAUAUAUGUAUCUAAAAUUUGGCUAAAAGCAUUCGUGACAUAUUAUUUCCUUCUUAUACAAAAUAUGCAUUAUUUUAUGAUCAUAAUGAUAUAUCUUUUUUUUUUCAUCUGCAUAAAAACCAUAUUUUAUAAUACAUAAGGUUCAUCUGUCUUUGUUGCCUACAGUGAGCAAGGACAUGAAAAUAAUAGUGUGUCCAGUAAGUGAUUAUUUUUCCCUGUAAGGUGAAUAAAAUAACAGUUUGUCAGUAUUUGUGGGUGUGUUGGGGGGGGGGGGGGUGAGUGAGUGUCUGAGAGAGGGUGAGUGAUUACAGAAUUCAUUUAUUACAUAAUGUUAGCAAAACUUGCAGGGAAUGGUUUUCACUCUGGCUGCUAAAUAGCAGCAGAAGCUGCUGGUUUCAAAUUUCAACAUCGCAUAAGUGAAAUUCCAGACACCAUGGGAUAUUAAAAAAAAUCUUUAUGAUCAGAGUGCAAGUCUUGAGUUAUGGGGUUUAGAAGAUAGACCACAAAUUGUAGAUUCACGACCUAAGCGCCUAAGGGUUAAUAAAAUAACUUGCUAGACACGAGUCACUGAUAGAUUAGUAUAAACGGUACUUUUUUGUAUAAUCCUGAUGGAUAAUGGAGAACAUUAAUUGAAAUAAUUAAAUUUCAUGUUUGUUCAUAUUAAUUGCACAUGGCAAGGGAAGGGAAAUGGUAUAGUUUAAUAUCAGCACAUUUUGCGUACUAUAUUACCCCUUCAUUAAGUUGUAAUUAUUUGUUCAUGUCAACAAUCAGUUUGUAUUUAAUUUUUUUUAAACGAGGCUACUACAUGAGGCAUUUUCUUUUUCUCUUUCUCUCUGUUCCUGUGUCUCAUUGGAGGUAAUGAGUAAAUGACUUUGAAAUUGAAGAUGUGUAAAGGAACACAUGAGAGCCAUGAACAGUAUGCUGAGGAUUAUCUAACUAAUGUUGAUAAAAAAAUGCCUUUAGAAAAUAUAGCAAUGUCCUCAUUUGCUUUUUUUUCUUUCUUUUCUUUCCUUCUUUGUUAAAAAAAAAGUCCCAAUGAUAUGUAAUAUACAGUUGAUAAAUGUGACCUGGUAUUUUGUAAGUUGUGUAAAAUAUUUUAGAUUGUACGUUAUUUCAAAUUGCACAAAGAACUAAUCAUUAUAUGUUGAAUAGUAUGAAAUGAAUGAGUGAGACUAAAAGUAAUAAGAAGCUAAUGAGUGAGUGCAAGAGUGAUGGACUUUAUCCAGCAUGAGACAGCAGCUCAUGGGACUGAGUGUUAGCAUCUCAUGUACACUUAACGCUUUGGCCUUUGGUGGAAUUGAUCUUACCACUCAAAUCUUUAGUCAUGGCAAGGCAUGAUGAUUGUAUGAUUUGGUUAUACAGUAUAUAUAUAUAUUUAUAUAUAGAUCUAUAUAUAUUUACUGUUCUUGUUAUUUGGUUCUAAUCUAAAUUUGAAAUGUUAAUAAAACACACUGUUAACAUUUGUGUAUUUAAGUUAAAAUUAUGUACUUAAUUGUGCAUACAGUUCAAAUAUUAAAGCACUACAAUACUGUUACGCUACAUUGUUUGGAGGUGAGUGGACAUAGAGCAAUCAUACACCUGUCGCCAUAUUGUUUAUCUAAAUAUUUACAGUGUAUAUAAUAGUUAUUUGCGCAGAUGUCCAGAAUCCCUCUAGUAUUUUUUUUUUUUUUUUUUUUUUUGUGUGUGUGUAUGUGUAUUUAAGGGUAUUUUUUUUCUUCACACUACAGUUCCCAGAUUUUUAAAUAAGAGAUAUUCAGGAUCAACAGCUGUCAUACAAUCCUUGUUUAAAAGCUUCAACUACAGACUAGAUUGGGGGCAUUUUUACAUAUCUUACCACCUGACAAAUCCAACCAUGAUGUGCAUAUUUCAUAGACUGGUGAUGUAAUGAUUAAAAGGGUAGUUUGUUGUUAAUCAUGCAAUGGUAUGACUAGUUUCAUCAAUGCCAAGGCUAUAAAUUUGUUGCUCUCAAUAAAUAUUUUCAUUUAA